AUGUAUAUACAAAUCGAAAAACGAAGUCUUACCCCAGCUCCUAUUGCGGUGGUGAUCAUUAUUGCUGUGAUCAUUUUGUUCUCGGUAACUAUAAGGUGUCUAUCUGCCAACAGGUACAGAACGAAACCACCACCACCAACUGAGAAUGUUUUUUAUAGCAGAAAUAGCGUGAGUGCACUCAAUGGGCCCAAUGGAACCAGCAAUGCGUACAACCUGACAAUGAGUCAAACAACUCAUAUCAAUCAAACGGUGAAUGGCACACAAAUCUACGCCAACGUUACGGCAAUCAACAACAAUCACACAAACGUUCAGAAUAUGGGCUCGUUUCUGCAGACGGCAGAGCAGCCAAGUUAUGACCCCUACCGUGAGAGACCUGCCACUCCACCUCCGGCAUAUGUCAGGUAG